UGCUCUUUUGUCGAGCUCUAAUUUCAUUCACCAUUUGAAGGUAAAACAGUGAGUCUCUCUCUCUAAAUAGAAAAUUAGGGUUUCAAAAUGGCAAUGGCUGGGCGAAUCAGAUCAAGCGGCCCUCUCUUCCAGAGGAUUCUGAGGUCCGGUUCUCUCUCUGCACAGAGAUCAACUGUUCAACGAUCCCUUCUGUGCCCUAGUUUCACAAAUUCGGAGUCGUCCAGGAACUAUGCUACUUCGGCGCCAGCAAAGGAGCAAAAAGUUAAGCUGCCUUUGGCUUUGUUUGGGGGUACUGGAAAUUAUGCCUCUGCUUUGUACGUCGCAGCAGUAAAGGCUAAUGCAUUGGACAUGGUUGAGUCUGAGCUUCUUGACUUUGUUGAGGCUACAAAGAGAAGUGCCUUAUAUUCUGAGUUCGUGAAGGACUUGUCAAUGCCUGUGGCAAGAAGACUUAAGGCAAUAAAUGCAGUUAGUGGUGAAGCUAAAUUUUCAAAGUUGACAAAGAACUUCUUGGCUAUUCUGGCUGAGAAUGGGAGGCUAAGAAACCUAGAAAGUAUAGCGAAGAGAUUUACGGAGUUGACCAUGGCACAUAGGGGUGAAGUGAAGGCCAUUGUGACGUCUGUGAUUCCCCUUCCCCCGGCGGAGGAGAAAGAUCUGAAAGAAACAUUACAGGAGAUACUUGGACAUGGGAAGAAGGUUAAGGUUGAACAGAAGAUUGAUCCUUCUAUUCUUGGUGGGAUCGUGGUGGAAUUUGAUCUAAAGGUGUUUGACAUGUCCAUAAAGACUAGGGCAAUGCAGAUGGCGAGGCUCCUGCGAGAACCUGUCAACUUUGACGGCCUCUAAAAUGUUGUUGCACCUUCUCCAAGCCACUGAUAUUUGUUAUUUUGCAUUAAUCCGUUAAAUGCUCCAACAAGGAGAUGUACUUUUGUUGUGUUCUGGUUAUUGCUUGUGCCUCUUUUUUCAUAUGAUGGAGUCGUCAUCGCAAAUAAAAGCAACUUGUUCACAUUUGUUCAGUAAAUCCUGACAAAUUUCAAUUUCUUGCAUGGUUUUCAGCCUAUGCACUUUUGAUGUUGUUA